AUGGUGUUUGAAGGCCUUUUUGGACGAAAGAAAAAGGUCUUUGGCAUUCCACUCGACCAAGCCAUCAAGGCUUCUCCCAUUCUCAAUGGACUUCCAUUCCCACUCACCAAAUGUGUGGAUGCUGUCGAGCGUUUUGCUCUCCACGAAGAAGGUAUCUACCGAAGAGCUGGUGCUAAGAAUGCCAUUGAAGCUCUCGUCAAGUUGUUUGACUCUGGCAAAGAUCCAGAUUUACAGAAUGAAGAUCCCUAUACGAUUUGUUGUGUGGUGAAAGAGUACUUGAAAAAGUUGCCGGAUCCUCUCACGACCUAUGAGUUAUAUAAUUCAUUCAUGGAUUUGGGAAAGACGAGAAAGAACAAGACGCGUGAAGAAUCGGCUGAGAUGAUGAGAGCCUUGGUGGAGAAGCUUCCCGAUAACUCUCGUUAUGUUCUGUAUUUUGUGGUCAAGCAUUUGCAUGCAGUGGCUCAGCAUCAUGACGAGAACAAGAUGAGUAUUACCAACUUGUCCAUUGUGUUUGGUCCUACUCUUUUCAGAUCCACCAAUACAAGUCCUACAGUAAUGUUGGGAGAUGUCUCUCAUCAGGGCUAUUGUGUGGAUUUAUUGAUUCGAGAGGCCGAUACCAUCUUUAACUCCAUUAUUGUGAAUAAUAAGCAAGUAGCUGUCUUGGAUGAUCCAUUGAACAUUUCACCAGUCUCUCCCACUUCUGUUUUUGACCAAUCAAAAACUCGUGAAGAUGAUCCAUCUAUGAAUGGAAAUGGUGGUCAUGUCAUGAAUGGUUGUAGCCCAGCCACAUCCGCCAAUGCAGCCUCCAAUCGUGUCUCUAAGAGAUUUUUCUCAAUUGGUGGCCAUCAAGCUCAAGAGAAGAGAAAGGGACUCUCCCUGAUAGAAUUAAAACUCUCUGAUCAAGACUCACCCGUUCAAGCUGGACGAGGAUUAUUUAGACCCGAGAGUACUCGAAUUAUAUUUUCGAAUGAUGAUAAAUCCAAGCAAGUGACAUAUACAACGGAUGAUAUUACACAAAUUGUGAAGAGUAUUAUUGGUGAAAAUUUGGAAGAGUCUGCUCAUCGAUCUUUUAAGAGAUCGCUCAGUGACGUAAAUUCCAUGUUGAGAGCUCCAAAGAAAUCGGCAUGGAAGAGUGAGACACCUGAAGAUAUUCAAUCGUUGAGUCCAAAUUCUGUCCAACAUCGAAGAUCAUCUGCUGUCGAGGAGUACACAAAAGAUUUGGAUCAUGCAUCCGAUAUUACAACUACCGCAGAUCUCGAAGAGUUGACCAAAGUUUCAAAUAAUACUAGUACUCUCCAAAAACAAGAAAAUACUUCCUGCUUGAAAAAUAAUCUAACAGAAGAAACGAAAAAGCAACUUGAAAGCGUUCCGGUAGAUAUUGUGAACCAACCACUCGAAAGUGUAAAUAAGCGUAUUGAGAUUAGACGAGAUGCCUCACGUGACAUUUACAAAGGAGUCGAUUUGACAAAAAUAGAUGAAAAAUGGAACUCACAACAACUCUAUCUCGAAAAAUCAAUCAUACGAGAAGAAAUCAAGCACUUUGAGGAGUGUUACUUUAAGGCGAAUCCAUCGGCUCACAGACUACCUAAAGAGGUCAAAGAGCUGAUUCGACCACUAUUUGAAAGGUACAACCAAGCCAAAGAGAUUUACGAAAUUUUUGUUUCGAAUCGACAUGCCUACACGUCACAAAUGAGCACAGAGUCGCCUCUGCACCAGGUUGUAAUUUAUCGAUCGAACAAUUACUCAUCUAUGAACACCAACCAAAAUAGACAAAGUGAUCCUUACUUGGGAGGAAGGAGAUCUAUUUCUUUUUCGAUACGAGGUACAUCCGUUCAAACCAAAUCACCAGAAUUUCGACAACUCUUGUUGAAGAAUAAGCAAUAUUAUGAGUUGAAAACGAAAAAGAAGGAGAUUCAAACAAAACUGUUAGAGCAUGAGAAGAAAUUUGAAAAAGAUCACAACAGAAAGAUGAAGUAUUUAAGUGAUUGGGGAGACCUGCAGAGUGAUUAUGAGGAAUACAUGUCAAUCAAGCAAAAGAUGGAAAACAUUGUUUUAAAUAUGACUUCCUCGAGCAACAAAAUAUCCUCUCCACGUGCAGGUGACGACUAG